AUGACUUUCAACAAGCUGGUUUCUUUCCAAUUGGACUAUGCUCCGCAGUAUCAUCUGUCCAAAUUCAUCUCAUCUCGUUCUGGGCUUCAACUCGUUCAUAUCCAUAAUAAGGCCUCCCCUUUGGUACAAGGGUAUUUUGCAGUUGCUACAGAAUGCCCAACGGAUUCCGGGGCGCCCCACACGCUGGAACAUCUCGUUUUUAUGGGAUCUAAGAAGUAUCCAUACAAGGGCUUUCUAGAUACAGCAGGAAAUUUGUGCAUGUCGUCGACAAACGCUUGGACUGCCACUGAUCAAACGGUCUACACACUGUCAUCAGCCGGAUGGCCUGGCUUCAAAAAAUUGCUGCCUGUUUAUCUGGAUCAUGUUUUGCACCCGACUUUGACGGACCAUGCUUGCACAACUGAGGUUUACCAUGUUGAUCCUGAGGACCUGCAAGAAAAAGGCGUAGUAUUCAGUGAAAUGGAGGGAAUCGAGUCCCAAAGCUGGUUCAUCACUAUGCUCGAAAAGCAAAGGAAGAUGUUUGAAGAAGGCAGCGGAUACCGCUCGGAGACUGGUGGGCUAACGGAAAAACUAAGAGAUUUGACCAACGACGAAAUCCGUAAAUUCCACAAAGAUAUGUAUUCACCAGAGAAUCUGUGUCUCAUCAUCGCGGGUAACGUUCCAGAAGACGAACUUUUGUCCAUUGUAUCCGAAUUCGAUUCUACUCUACCAGCUUUCGAAGGAAAGCGCACCAGACCCUUCUUAGAUUCCAAAGAAUCUCAAAUACCGGCCAAGAGGACGGAAACUAGUGUCUCGGAAAUCGAGUUUCCUGAAUCUGACGAGUCUCAAGGUGAAAUUCUGAUGUCAUGGAUCGCAGAACCAUAUUACGAACACCUCAGCGAUCUUGCAGUCUCGAUACUGAUGGAUUAUUUCACCGAAACAGCGCUUGCUCCGUUCAACAGCCAGCUUGUUGAAAUUGACGAACCUUUGGCAAACUUGGCAGAGUACUGGACCGAUGACUUCAUGCGCACCAUCGUGAACUUGAAUUUUCAUGGUGUACCCGUCGAGCGGAUGCACGACGCCAAGGAAAAAAUACUCGACAUCCUGCAAAGUCAUAAAAUCGACUUCGCCCGCAUAAAACAAGUGAUAGAAAAUGGGAAGUGGGAGUACGUUUUGAAGUGUGAGAAGAACGGGCUCACAAUUUUAAGUCAAACUUGCAUAACAGACUUUAUUUACGGCGACGAUCGUGGUGCAAUAUUAGAAGCCUCUCUGAAAGACCUCAGUGAUUUUGAUACACUUGCAGGAUGGUCCCAAGAGCAGUGGCAAAGCUUACUGACAGCACUCUUCGUUGACAACAAGCCCGUCAUUGUUUUGGGAAAGCCAAGUGUUACUCUGUACAAGCGUCUUGAGGAACAGAAAAAAAGGAGAACGAAAGAGAUCGAGACAAGCCAAGGAAAAGAAGGUCAACGUCAGCUCAAGCACAAGUUGGAAAGCGCGGUCGCUCAUAAUUCUAAAGAGGUCCCCGCCCAAUUAUUGCAGGAUUUCGCAAUUGCGGACGCAGAAAACAGCAUAUCAUUGAUAGAGACGGACAGUUUUUCGACCGUCCAGAACUCCACUGAAGCGCCCUCUAAAGCCUGGGCCAAAAAAUUAUUUGAACAAAAGCCACAAGAAUUUCCAUUUUCCUUGCACUUUGAGCAGUUCCCUUCUCAAUUUAUUGAGUUGCGCGUUUUGCUCAAUACUCUCAAAGUGCGUGAUGUCUCCCUGCUGCCUUUAUACCACGUUAUCUGCGAGCUGUUCUCCAUGCCAAUGAAGGCUGAUGAUGGUUCUAUCAUUGCUUUCGAAAAGGUCGUUUCCGCCUUGAAAGCCGAGACCAUCGACUCUGAGAUCGAUCUGGGCUUAGGAGGAGCUUUUCCGGAUCUUCUUGAAUUCAAGGUCUCGACGAGAGCAGUAAACUACCAUCAUGCUGUCAAGUGGAUUAAACAUUGUCUAUUCGACAUGGUAUUUGAUGAAAAAAGAGUAAGGGUCUUAUUGGAAAAAUACUGGUCCUCUAUUGUUGAAUUAAAGAGGGAAGGCGAUUUAAUGGUCGAUUCCCUAUUUAAUCGCAACUUCUACACUUCAAGGACUACAAAGAAGGCCACAGAUGCGCUAUCUGUAGAAGAUUCUCUAGAAGAUAUCAUUGACCAGAUUGACGAUGGGAAGUACCUUAAAAAUAUUCUACCAAAGUUGAACACUAUGCGCGACCAGAUGGUUCAUGACUUUUCCUCCUACCAUGUACUUGUUCUAGGUGGUGUCGAUAAAAUUGAGAAUGCUUACUCACCCUGGUUAGAAUUGGCUUCGAAGAGGACUGAAAGAAGCGUACCUGUUACUGAUUACCCGAAGGUUCCACGCUUGUUGGAUUCGCUAUCCGCUCUGGGGAAGCACCCACAGGGCACGGCAUAUAUCGUCACCACCCCGGCCUCGGAGUCCUCUUAUAUGACACUUGCUACCAACUUGUCUAUCCAGGUCGAUUACAAUCACCCUGAUUAUGCCGCCAUAUUUCUUGCAGCCGAAUACUUGAGCUGUGUGGAGGGUCCAUUCUGGAAGGGAAUUCGCGGCUCUGGCCUCGCAUAUGGUGCUAAUAUUUUGAAGAUGAUAGAGUCAGAUGCCGUUGGCUUUUCCGUUUAUCGCGGUGCAGAUAUUAUCAACUGCUAUCAAACCGCUCAUAAAAUAGUUGAAGACUAUGCGUUUGGUAGAUGCUCAAUUGAUGCCCAGCUGGUUCAAGGGGCCAUAAGCAGCAUUAUCAAUGGAAUUGCCUCAAGUGAGUCAGACUUCUUUUCGGCAGCCCUAAUGAAAUACGUGGACGACAUUUGUAGAAAGAGAGGGCCAAACUUCAACAAAACUUUUCUGCGCAAACUGGGCAAAGUUAAGGUGGAUGACAUAAAGCGUGUCUUUUUGACGUAUUUUCUGCGCAUGUUUAGCUCAGAGACGGCAACAAUGUUCGUAAGCUGCCAUCCCUCUAAGCUUGAGUCUGUUCAGGACUUUAUGGAGAGCAAAGGUUACAAAGUGAUUGUCGAAGAACUUGACGAAGAAAGUGAGGACGAAAGUGGAACAGAGACAGAAGAAUCAAGCGAGGAAGAAAGCCAUUGA